CGGACCUGUAAUUACGACCUGACCGCUGUAAUUGUGUUUGAGCGGCGGAGGAACUGAGUUAGACAACAAGUGGAACAAAUUUGGUAACAACCUGCAUGAAGAGCAGCACUCUAGCAUGUGAGGCCUCGUUUAUUGAGCACGUUUCCUCAGCUGACCGAUCAAUGGAUCUGCUUAAAAGCGCGUGUUGGCGGCGCUCAGGCUUGAUGGCGUUUUAAUUUCUGCAAGUCAGACACACUCUACCAACAACGCAGGCCUCUCCUCUCCUCUGCACUCCUCCCCGCCCCUGCCCCCAACCCCAGACCAGAGCCGCUGACCUCGCAGGACACGCACACAAACACACACACGCUGCAACAUAUGGUACGGCCGGGACAAAACUCCACGCAGUAAUUAGGGGGAUGGUGCCGGACACUUGGCUCUGCUGCGGUGCAGGUUAAGCAGCGUGAUGCAUCAUCUCCUCUCACGAGCACCAUGCAAGGGUUUACCCAAAUUGACAGGUUGCCGGUGGAUAAGACCGAAAGAGAGGCCGCAGGCACUGAAAGCGUGCAUACGGAAGGACACUGUGUUGAUAUAUAAGGAGCCUCUCUUACUCAGAGGACACAGAGUCAGGCUCCAGUGAUGAUCCUCACAUCCUUUACAGGAAGGAGCACCCCGCAACUGGAGUACCACCUAAACACACAUCUGCACACCUGGAUGGACCGCUGCAGAAAGCAGGAGCACUUUUUCGCGUGUCUUCAUCUUCCACACUUGGGAACGUAUUGACAGAGCGCAGUGUCUCACACAGCAUCUGUGAGAGCCUGAGGGUGGAGAAGAAGGUCAGCCUUCGUAAGUGGUGUGAAUGAGGACUAAGUUUGCUGCUUUCGCUCAGUGUUCCCAUUUCACACCAGCGCCAUAGAGACCGGGACAACAAUUUAACUGAGGGGGUGGGGUUAGCGGGAAGCCCUGGAGCAGAGUGGAGAAAAGACCGCUGGACUGGAGUUGGUUUGUCAGGUGGACACCAUGCAGUCGGACGACCUCUUCAUUCGCAAGUUUCGCCGUCAGAAUCAGCGGCCGCCUAUCGCAGCAGUCAACUUUGACCCCAAGAGGGAAACUGGUGUAGUGGAGUGGCCGCCAAGAAGGGACGGCGAUGGGGCCGAAGCGGACAGCCUCACCCCGAGCCGCGCCGGGUUGACCCUGCGGUCCAUGGGCCGGGGGCACAUCAUGCAGAGAAGUAACAGCGACGUCACACUUGGGGACUUGGACUCCUCUGGGAAGGCGGGGGGAAAAACAGCGCGAGCGGUCGGUGAAAAGGUGGAUGCUGGGGUUCAGGGAGACACAGGUGUGCUGUUACACAGGGAGUACGGCAGCCUGUCAUCCCUCGAGAGACAGACUCAAGCCCAGGAGCCAAGAGCAGACGACCAGGGACCCCUGAGUCCAAGUGCCCUCCGCUUCAAAGACCCUUUCCUGCUUUUAGGGCUGCAGGGACACCCUCCAGAACCCGAUGGAUACUUUCGAGGUGUUUGCACGGUGGAUGGCCCAAAACCCGUUAAGCCACCAAAGCCUGAAGGUCUUAGCAAAAAGUCUAAACCCGCGACCUCUCAGGUCCCUCAACCAGUCCCAUAUGACAACAUCGUGGGCGGAGCCUGGGUGAGGAGCUUUGCUCACUAUGACGUGCAGAGCAUCCUGUUUGACCUAACCGAGGUAGCCACAAACAGAGACAGCAUUGGACGGAAAAAGAAUAUCACCUCAGGGGCUUCAGCUGCCUCCCAGCCCCGUCCCCUCUCCCUGUCCACCCCAUCCUCACCUGCGCAGGGCGGGGGUGGCAACACAGGGAACGCAGAAGACAACGAACAGUCAAUGAUGCUAGACGAAGGUGAUGGCAACGAUAACGAGCUCCUCCUCAGCUGCCCCCACUUCCGCAACGAGACUGGAGGAGAGGAGCAGGCGGGCCUGGGUCGAUCCCAGGGAAGGAAGGGACUCUGGUCUAGCCUUCGCAUCCCCAACGAUGCAGUUUCGGUCCUGGAAGAGCCCAGAGAGAGCAAUGUGCAGCAGCAGGGCAAGAGCAACUACUUCAUAGAGCAUGCUGAUCUGGGAGCCCAUUACUAUCGCAAGUAUUUCUACAUGAAAGAACAUCAGAAUUUUUUUGGAAUUGACGAGCGCCUCGGGCCGGUGGCCAUCAGCUUCCGCCGAGAGGAGAAAGAAGGAUCCAGCGGCGCUCAGAACAACUGUAGAAUCAUAUUUCGCACCACAGAGCUGAAGACUCUGCGAGGUUCCAUCCUGGAGGAGUCGGUGCCCUCUGCAGCUCGACACACGACCCCCAGAGGCUUGACUCCCAAGAGGCUGUUGGAGUUCAUCAUGCCUGAGCUGAACCAGCACUGCCUUCGCUUGGCCUCAAACUCCCCGAAGGUGCGGGACACCCUGCUCAAACUGGAUGAACAGGGGCUGAAUUUUCAGCGAAAGGUUGGGAUAAUGUACUGCCGGGCCGGGCAGAGCUCAGAGGAAGACAUGUACAACAACGAGAGCUCCGGGCCGGCAUUUGAGGAGUUUCUGGAUCUGCUCGGGGAACGGGUGCGACUGAAGGGCUGGGAAAAAUACCGAGCUCAGCUGGACAACAAAACCGACUCAACUGGGACACAUUCGCUCUACACGCGCUACCAGGACUACGAGAUUAUGUUUCAUGUGUCCACCAUGCUGCCCUACACAGCCAACAACACACAGCAGUUGCUGCGGAAGCGCCACAUUGGUAACGACAUUGUGACGAUCGUGUUCCAGGAGCCGGGCGCUAUGCCCUUUACUCCAAAGUCUAUCCGCUCCCAUUUCCAGCACGUCUUCAUCAUCGUGCAAGUUCACGAGCCCUGCACCGAGAACACCUACUACAGGGUGGCUGUGACACGCUCUAAAGACAUCCCAUUAUUCGGGCCUCUGUUCCCCAAAGGUGCCCGAUUCCCUCGCUCGGCCGCCUUCAGAGACUUCCUCCUGGCGAAGGCGGUCAACGCUGAAAAUGCUGCAGAGAAGUCAGAGAAGUUCCGCUCCAUGGCCACCCGCACGCGUCAGGAAUACCUGAAGGACCUGGCAGAAAACUACGUGACCACCACGCCCAUAGACUCCUCCACUAAGUUCCCCCUGCUCUCCCUGGGCGGAAAGCGCAAAGACAAGAUGAAGGGCGCCAAAGGGGCCGAGCUGCACAGCAAUGGGGCCCUUGUGUGGGCGGUGAUGGUGAACAGCAUCGAUGAAUGGGAGGCCGGAGAGCACAAGCUCCCCUGUUUGCUCGGCGUGUCGGCCGAGUCGGUGGUGCUCAUCGAGAGGUACUCGCGCAAGGUGGUGUUCAACUGCUCCUGUCGCGAUGUCAUUGGCUGGAAGGCAGUGACAGAGCCCAAAGACGGGGGGCCCUGCUUAGAUAUCUUCUACGAGCGCGGGGAGUCGGUGUCGAUCAGCAUGAUGGAGAACCAGGCAGAAGACAUACGAGAGGUGGUGCAGAGGCUUGAGCUGGUUACGAGGGGCUGCGAGGCGCUGGAGGUCACACCCCUGCGCGACGGAGUGGGGCAGCCCGGUUUCCUGAUGAACGAGGAGGGCUUUGUGACGGAGCUGCAGCGGUUUUGCUACGCUGAGAGUGGAGGCCUGCAGCUGUGGGCUCGCGUGGUGCGGCUAUGCGGGCACUCGCUGGUUCACCUGAGCCUCGACGAGAGGACCAGGCUGCUCCGCACCGCCCACAAGAUCCACAUCACCGUCAUCCCACCGGACGAGAAUGGCAAGCCUCGCAGGAGUUUCUCUGAGCUGUAUCUGAAAGCCAUCAAGGAUGCAGAAUGCAAGCCCGGUGAGAAUCAGUCAGGAGAGGCCUGGGUGCUGGACGAAAGAGAGGAAGAGGAGGAGGCGAAAAAAGAGGAUGAUGAUGUGAAGGCGGGCGGGGUCGAGGAGCCGGACACAAAGGAGGCGCAGGUGGAGACCGACGAGGGCGAAGAGCAGCUCUGCGAUAAAGUGGAGAGCGAGAGCAAUCCGUACUCGCUCCUCACAAUGCCCAGCUUACCUUUGUUACGAGCCACAUCUCUGCAGGACCAGCCGGCCAAUCAGGGCCAGGAGGGCAGCGCCUCGCAGCUCCCGCGCAGCUACUCUCUGGAAAAACAGCUGUCCUACAGCGACACUUGCGACGCCGGGCACGUGUAUGACAACGUGGGGUUGAAGGUUGAACACCACAUCUAUGAGAACAUCGGGGAGCUGAGGGAUGCCACACCUGAUCUGAUCCUGGAAGUCAAACCGAAGGUUCCCCUCGAUGACGAGCAGUUCACGGGGGCCGAGUUUGGCGAUGACAAAGCCUCGGCGAGUGACUCCUCUCUCUCGUCUUCGCGGCUGUCAAGUGUGGACCGAGCUGAAAGAAAUUCACGAGCCCUGAGUCUUCAUAACUCCAUCACCAAGAUUCUCUCGGAGACAACAGAUUCGACUGAGGAGGAGUGGCAGUCGAUUUCUGACCUGGCCACAGCCUGCCGCAACAUCCUGGAGGCUUUGUCACGAGAGGACCGCAAAGCCGGAGACCCCUCCCAAGCAGGCGCUGAUCAAACUGACGGCAAGCCAAAAGAAUCAAAGGAAAGUGACUCUCCAGGCCACCUGGAGGAGAAGGUGUCGCAGCUGGAGGCCAUGCUGAAGAAGCUGCAGGAUGACCUGCAAAAGGAGAAGGAGGACAAGGCGGUGCUGCAGGCCGAGGUGCAGAGCCUCAGGCAGAACAACCAGCGGCUGCAGGAGGAGUCACAGAGCACGGUGGCCCGUCUCAUCAAAGUCACCGAGCUGCUGUGCAACGUCAACAAGCCCUGUUAGCUUCACCGCCGCACGUGCGUGCACGCACGGAAAUCAGCGGAGUGAUGCAAAUCGUACAGUGCGUUUUUUUUUUUUACGCUCGACACAUUUACUUUGUUCUGACAUAUUUGAAAACACACACACAUACCUAUCCUCUUUAAUCUCACAGUCUCUUGUCCUGAAUCCUGGUCUUGCCUGCUGGUGAGGGAGUAUGCAAAUCAAUUUUUAGGGAAAAAAAAAAAGACAUUUAACACCCUGUGAUGACCUUUGCAGGCUGACCGGCACAGGCUGCUGUGUUGAUGUGCUAUGCCAGAGUGCUUCUAGUAGUGUGUGUGUAUGUAUGAUUCGGUGUGUGUGUGUGGAUGUGUGUGCGUCUAUAUUGCUUCAAAUACUUGACGAGCUGGGCUGAAUAGCACUUGCUUAAAAAGACUGAGAGACGCUGAAUAGCAUGUUUGGUGGUGUUUUAGCCAAAAUGACCAAAAGUGUAUAUAUAUAGUUUAUGUAUGUAAAUAUAUAUACACACACAAAGUGUAUAUAUAUAUAUAUAUAUAUAUAUAUAUAUAUAUAUAUAUAUAUAUAUAUAUAUAUAUAUAUAUCACCAGUAAUAUAUGUGAAUUGUAGUACUGCUAUCCUCUCUGCCAGACAUGUAGUUGCAAUGUCUGAGUGUGGUUCUGGCUGAUAGUGUGGAAGGCCUUGAUGUAAAACACAAGAAGGAGGGAGAAAAAAGGAGGGAGACAUGAGAAUUACAAGCCUGUAGGCAGCCUUCUACUUCAAAAGAUGUAAUGACUGUAACUGACUCGCUUCAGAGUCCAUUACGUAAGGACAUCACACUCCCUGCCCUCUUCACUUCUCAGUAGUACUGUAUUUAAGAAAUUCUCUUUUUUAGGGAGAAACUAUUAAAAAAACGAAAGAAAGAAAGAAAAAGCCGUAAACUGGAAAAGCUUAAAAAAAAUGAACUGAGCAUGCUUGUCUGUCUGAAGUACGUGUGGGGAAAAAAAGAGUGUUAAAGGGACGCUGAAUAAGGGUUAUACCUCUCCUGAAGACACAGACUGCGGCAGGAAAGAACUGCUCCGGCUUCCUUCCAUGAUUGCCUGUAGCUGUUAUCUUCUAACCUCACUAUUGUAGCAGCCAUACUGUAGAAGAUCUCCUCCUGCUGGCCUGAACCACUGAAUGCCAAAAGGCAGCUUUUUAUUUCAGCUGGCAAAAUAGCUUUAGGUGUCCGAAUAAAAGCACCUUUGAACUGAUAGUGAAAUACAGAAUAUUGUAUUUAAAUAUGUUUUGUGUUUGGCGGGUGUCUACCGUGACUAUUUUUGGGGUAAUUGUUUACUACUGCUCAUGAGUGGUGGCAGUAAGGACGAUAGGUGAAGUCUUACCUUUCCACCCUGGUGUGUGUUUGUGUGUGUGUGUGUGUUUCUGUGUCAUUCUUGCACUUUUUUCCCUUUUUUUUUGUUUUUGUAAAAAUUAAACCCACGGUGGGGCACAUACUGUACUUUAUUUAGGCUGCCCAGGUAACGUCUUGUUCAACAUAAGAAGGUGGUGAGAUCUCAUCCCCCUGAUGCCACCUUACCUCACCUUUCUGUGUCCACUGCUGACGAACAAAGUGCGUUCAGAGGAGUUUUGGACUGCUUCUCCUCAGUGCCAACGAAAAGCCCAGGCAGCUCUCCCAAAACCCCACACAAACUAAUCUCCAAACUCUGAACUCUGAACUCCAAGGGAAAAAAAAAAUGGGAAUGCCAAACGUUCGCUGGACGCCCAGAAUCCGUUGUUUCUUGUACAAACUUCCUCUUGUAAUUUUAUUUUAGAGUCACUGUGAAUACCUGGUACCAGCAUAUUAAGAUACGGUAUAUACAGAUUAAAUUAUGAAUCGAAAACUUUAUCAGUAUGCGAAGAUACUGUAUGUACAACUGAACUGCUCCAUGUUAGUGCAUUGGGUUGUGUAUGCCUUCCGUUUUGCAGGACGAUGACCAAUAACCAAUGCAGACGAGUAUUAAUCGUGGCCGGCGGGCUCCUGUUUGAUCUCCUCUUCAUGCUGAAGCCUCGAGGGCUCCGAGAAGACCCGUUUUACUGUAUCUUGUAUAGUUAUUUAGAUUGUAGGAGAGGUUGGUGAAGCAUGAGAAUGUGCCAAGCACCUUCUGAGCUCCCCUCCAUAUGUGUGUAUCUAUAAAAUGUAACUUAUUAAUCAU